UAACUGUGAGUUGAUUGACUGAUAAUAUGGGCAUAGUUAAAAUUCAGAAAUUUCAUCAUUUUCUGGAUUAAUAGUCAAGAAAAAUUUCUAAAUAGAACAGAAUAGCAAUACAGAAAUCUUUUAGGUACUCAGAAUAUACAUGCAUAAAAUCUCAAUUUAAAUAAUUCUAAAAUGAAAAAAUAGAUACUUUGGCCAAAGUCAGGGGGACUGGCAGAGUACUCUAAUCCCACCUCCUAGGAGAGGUUUUCUCAUUAUUCCUUCAUGCAUUCCAGUGCUAUGUCUUCUCUGAACCAGCUGUACUUUUUGUCCUAAAGAGUAAACACUAAAAUUAUGGCUUUUAUACGUUUCGUCCAGGGAGUGGCACUAUUAGGAGGUAAGACCUUGUUGGAAUAGGUGUGUCAUUGGGGGCAUGGGCUUUAAUACUCUCAUUUUAGCUGCUUGGAGGCCAUUCUCCUCCUUGCAGCCUUCAGAUGAAGAUGUAGAACUCUCAGCUCCUCCUGCACCAUGCCUGCCUGGAUGCUGUCAUGCUCCCACCUUUAUGAUAAAGGACUGAACCUCUGAACCUGCUACCAAGCAGUUUCUUGAAGAGAUCAACAAGUGGACAGUACAGUAUAAUGUUUCUCCUCUCUCUUGGAAUGUGGCUGUCAAGUUCCUCAUGGCCAGAAAGUUUGAUGUGCUCCGUGCUGUAGAGCUGUUUCACUGCUACAGAGAAACAAGACGGAAGGAAGGCAUUGUGAAGCUGAAGCCUCAUGAGGAGCCGCUCCGUUCUGAGAUCCUCAGUGGGAAGUUCACCAUCUUGAAUGUUCGAGACCCAACUGGAGCCUCCAUUGCCCUUUUCACUGCCAGGUUACACCAUCCCCACAAGUCUGUCCAACAUGUGGUACUCCAAGCCUUGUUUUACCUGCUAGACAGAGCUGUGGACAGUUUUGAAACUCAAAGGAAUGGACUGGUGUUCAUCUAUGACAUGUGUGGGUCUAAUUAUGCCAACUUUGAGCUAGAUCUUGGCAAGAAAGUCUUAAACCUGCUGAAGGGAGCAUUUCCAGCUCGACUGAAGAAGGUGCUGAUUGUAGGAGCACCCAUAUGGUUCCGAGUGCCCUAUUCUAUCAUCAGCCUGCUUUUGAAGGAUAAAGUCCGGGAGAGGAUUCAGAUAUUAAAGACAUCUGAAGUUACCCAGCACCUGCCGAGGGAAUGCCUUCCUGAAAAUCUGGGUGGGUACAUCAAAAUUGACCUCGCCACUUGGAAUUUCCAGUUCCUGCCCCAAGUGAACGGCCAUCCAGAUCCCUUCGAUGAGAUCAUCCUGUUUUCCCUACCUCCUGCCUUAGACUGGGACUCAGUACAUGUUCCAGGUCCUCAUGCCAUGACCAUCCAAGAGUUGGUAGACUAUGUUAACACCAGGCAAAAGCAGGGCAUCUAUGAGGAGUAUGAAGACAUUCGUCGUGAGAACCCUGUUGGCACUUUCCACUGUUCCAUGUCUCCAGGAAACCUAGAGAAAAACAGAUAUGGAGAUGUACCCUGCCUGGACCAAACACGUGUGAAGCUGACAAAACGAAGUGGUCACACUCAGACAGAUUACAUCAAUGCCAGUUUCAUGGAUGGCUACAAGCAGAAGAAUGCUUACAUUGGUACACAAGGUCCUUUGGAGAACACCUAUCGUGACUUCUGGCUCAUGGUUUGGGAGCAAAAGGUUUUGGUGAUUGUCAUGACCACCCGCUUUGAGGAAGGCGGCAGGAGAAAAUGUGGCCAGUACUGGCCUUUAGAAAAAGACUCCCGGAUCCAAUUUGGCUUCCUCGCGGUGACUAAUCUAGGAGUGGAGAACAUGAACCAUUAUAAGAAAACAACUCUAGAAAUUCACAACACAGAGGAGCGGCAGAAACGCCAGGUGACCCACUUCCAGUUCCUAAGCUGGCCAGACUAUGGUGUCCCUUCCUCAGCUGCUUCCCUCAUUGACUUCCUGAGAGUGGUCAGAAGCCAGCAGAGCAUGGCUGUAGGCAGCCUGGGAGCACGCUCCAAAGGGCAGUGUCCUGAGCCACCCAUUGUGGUCCAUUGCAGUGCCGGCAUUGGCAGGACAGGUACCUUCUGCUCACUGGACAUCUGCCUGGCACAGCUGGAGGAGCUUGGCACCCUUAAUGUGUUCCAGACAGUGUCACGAAUGAGGACCCAGAGGGCCUUCAGUAUCCAGACCCCUGAGCAGUACUACUUUUGCUACAAGGCCAUUCUGGAGUUUGCAGAGAGGGAAGGCAUGGUCCCCUCUGGUCACAGCCUGUUGGCCAUGGAUGGUCAAUAACUGUUUCACAAGUUUCCACUUGCUGGUCAGCCUUCCUUAAACUACCCUGGACACUGCUGAGCCUAUAGGCUGCCAUCAGUUAUGCUGAAGCCAUGGAUCAACCUCUUUCUUGUGUCUCCCAGCGCACAUGUGCACGCAAGGCAGCCUUUCCCUUUGGCUAGAUAAAUGUGGUGAACUUGCCACUAGAAAGGGCCAGCAGCAAUAUGUUCUUAAUUCCUAGCACCUGCUAUCAAAGUGUGCCUUAUCAAAACCAAAUUGUGGCUAUUGAUUUUUGCCAGGGUCCCUGAGGUAAGUGGGGAAGGACCCCCUCCCCCAACCCCCAUCUCCCAAUGCCAUUCUUCUGGACAUCUCCUUCCCUUUGCUAUGAUUUGACAGGGAGGUUUGGUGAGCAUUCACCUUCCUACCCAGAAAGCUUGACCAAGUUACAUAUUCUAGAGAAUGUCCCGAGUGCCAAGCACGUUUAUACAUAGGGCGUGUAUUCCAGUCUUUUCUGUCAUUCUGUGUGUGUGUGUGUGUGUACGUAUGUGCACUUACGUGUAUGGAACCAUAUGUAUGUGUGUACAUAAUAUAUACUGUAUGUGAUAAUUAUGACCGUAUACUAUAAAUACAUAUACACACAGAUACUCUUUGUAGAAGUUUCUGGGGCUUUAUGUUGCAGUUCAGCAUUCCUUGCUUCUUGGACCCUGCUGAUUAUUCUGGACUGGCUGGGGUUGGGGAUCAUGGCUCUCAUGUUGUCAGACAGCAGAGUGACAGAAGACAACACAUACUUUUUUUCCUGGGCCACAGGCCCUCUUCCUUAAUGAUAUCUUUCCCUCUGGAGUCUAUGCCUGUUGGAGCCAAACAUACUGACUUACGGUAACACUGGUUCAUUUUAGCAUGGGUGUCCUUCAUCUAACAAAUCCUCUGUUUUCUUUGCUGAUUUGGGGAACAGACCUCCACUGUGAUUCCAGACUCUGUCUUAAGACCCCAGCAAUGGGGGACCAAGGCUAGAAAUGAAUUUACAGAGCUGCCAGAGCCCACAGUAAUCGGUACGAAGUUUUAAGAGGAAUAAAGGAGAGCCCAGAGUGAACAAGAGGAACCUGCCAUGAAAUUCCCUUCUUGGGAGGACAAACCCGGGCCUCUCUUUCUUGUGUUGGAAGAUACCUUUCUUUAUGCAACUCUUCCUUGUCUACUGAGAUGCCCAGCUCUCCCUGCCUGCUAGCCUGCCAGAUCCUAGACCUCAAACUGGAUGGUCUGUGUCAUUAUAAAGCAUAUUCCUUAGGCUGGAUGAGGCUGUUCCUUGUAAUCCCUGGUCCCCUGCCCAUACAACUUGUUCCUGCCUUUUCCCAGUCUGAUUCGCCAGGAAUGGAAUCAAGAGUUCCCAACACUGUGUUCCCACAAAACCUUAUAGAACCCCUAAAUCUUCCCUUACUCCAGAAGAUGAGGUUGGCAGCUGGUCAGAGCUCAAUAAUUUUAUACUGUAAUAAGAUCUUUGAAUGUGUAUAUUCUUAUUUUUUACAAUCAUUUCAUUUUGUAUUUAACAUCAAUGGACUGAGUCAGAUUCAGUAAAUAAUUGUAAUGUUCAUAUUCAAUAUCUUAUAGUGGUACAGUUUUGUAUUUACCUAUAAAUAUACCAACAUGAUUAAA